CCGACUUGUUCAGCUUCCUUUAGGAAGCUGCUCAGAGAGUGGCAACGACCAUGUCACGAUCCAAACCAACGGCCUCAGGCUGCACGUUUCGUAUCGUGUCCCGAGGCUGGGCGCCCUUCGACCGCGCCCCGGGGGUGACCAGCUUGGAGUAUGUGAUCCAAGCGGAACCCCUUCUGGGUGAGGAUGGAACCUCUGGCUCCAGCUCACCUGCUGAGACGGUGAUUUGCUUUCAGCACGAGCCCCGGAAGCACGAUGGCCAGCUCGUGGUCACACCACAGUUCCAGCGGCUCUUGGAUCCCAAAGAGAUGUCCGGCCUGGGCCGACUCGUCAGUGCCUUUCAGGACAUCCGGGACCUAGAGGGGGCCGACGAAAAAGACACCAAACUGCAGGUAGAGGUGUCAGGUCUCUUGCCCUGGACCAGUUACCUGGUCUCGGUCUCUGCCCGCUACCCGGCAGGGGCAGGCCUCUACCCACGGAGCCAGCUCGAAGGCAAGUCAGGCGGCUUGGGCUUGCUGGUGGGCCCCAAACUCACCACGCAGGUGGAGACACCUGGAGGGCCCAACACUCCAACGCCUCCACGACAGGUGGGCUGGAAUGAUUUCGCGCACGACCUGGGAGAGGAUGCGAGCUUCCAACCCAACAUGCGUGCCAUCCUGCUGAGCAUCGAGGACCGCAGGGACUAUGUUUUGGAGUACAGAGCCUGCUCACCCUUCUGGGCGCACUACGACCCACAGGUGGGGGCAGCCCUCAAGGAGUUCCAAGGCAGUUGGCCACGGCAAAAGCUCGAGGAGGGGCGCAUGGAAGCGGGUCCCCACGGUGAAACGCUUGGGCAAAGGUUUUGGAGAGGCCUACAAACCUCAGAACACGGCGGUAUCGGAAGAGGCCUGGGAAGACCAGAACACCAUCUUCCUCCACAAACCUCAUGUUUGCAGUUGCCGUGGCGGAGCAGAUCCGGACUUGCAAAUCCGAGUUGCUGUCGAAACAAUGUUGCCAUGAUCUUGAUCAGAGAGACCGUAUCUGCCAGAUGUGCAGACCGGCUAGAAGGGAAGAGAGAGAGAGAGAGAGAGCGAGAGCGAGAGCGAGAGCGAGAGCGGAGAACCUUGCACAGAGUGCGUUGGAAGUGAGCGUAAUAAAGAGUGGUUUGCUCAAGGUCCUUAUGGCCAAUCUCCGG